AUGCCAUCAGCAUACACCACCAGACCACACCUCUCCUGGAUCCUAGGCCUAGAACCACCCCGAGAACCGCGCUGCGUCGGGUACGACAUCUCGCGAGGCCGCCGCUGCAACACCGAAGUCACCCCGCGAGACCGCGACAUCGCGCAAACCUUCCUAGACAUGACCGCCACGCAAUUCCACGCCGGACGGCCUGUUGAUUAUCUUCUCGAACUUAUUGCCCCGCGCGUGCUAUGUAGGGGCAAUCAUCAGCGUCUGGCUCCUCUGCUUGUUGCUCGGUGGGAGAGGGAGAUUGCGGCGGUUGAGGCACUUGAUAAUACCCCGAGACCGUUGUCAGAGGGGUAUACAUACGACACUGGGUACGGAUACGAAUACAGCUAUGAACAUGACAAUCAUGCAGAGCCGGGCGUGGGCUCUCGGCGCGGGCGAAUAUACCAGGGGAUCCAGGACAAAGUGCAAGGACUGAGGGAGCGGAUCCGCGAUAUUCAUUUCAGGAGGCUAUGGCCUGACCUUUCAUCAUUCACAAUCUUUUGCCGUGGUCGGGGCUCGAUUGUUGAUGAAGACAACGAUGCUCAUGACCAGUCCUACUGGAAUUUCUAUUACGAUUCUACGUUCGAUUACUACUACAGGCCGUAUAUCGAUCCUACAUAUACGUUUGAACCUCUAUACGCCGGAUCCUCGCACACUGAACCUCGGCCUCCCGCCCCAGCUUCUACUUGCGAGGCGCACCGCCGACCCGUCGAGGGGGAUUGCAGUAUAUGCUUAUGCUCACUGCUAGAGCCUGCCCCGACUGAUCCCAGCUCUACGUCUUGGCAAUGGAAUGCAACGGAUUCCGGGUCAUCGUCUGACCCUUAUAAUGAUUGGUAUCGAGGAAUGGGGUGGUGGAAUUAUAUUCCUGGCGGGGGUCAUGUUAACGAAGAUGAAGUUGAAGAGAGAGAAGGUCGGUUCGGCUCGGUGUCCUGGUGCAGAGCGAAAUGCGGCGUCAACUUCCAUACGAGCUGCAUUGAUAGCUGGCUGUAUAUGGCUGGUCGAGCUACUUGUCCUGUUUGUAGAAGUCCUUGGGUGUUUGGUUGA